AUGAGAAUUGGGUCUGCAGUGCAGGCACUAAGCUGUUCCCUUAGAAACUUCAGUGAUCAUGCCAACUAUAACUACAAAAGUUUGCAAACUCUUCUGCAAAUGUGUGCAAAAAACAAGCAUAUUAAUGCAGGAAAGUGUUGCCAUGCAUUAGCUAUACAUGCUGACUUGUUAGCUGACACCCUCAUUUGUAACAUGCUUAUCAAUGUAUACUCUAAAUGUGGUCUUGUGCAAUAUGCUCGUUAUGUAUUUGAUAGAAUGCCUGAAAGAACUGUGGUGUCAUGGAAUACCAUGAUUGCUGCACAUAACCAUCAGUGGCAGGAUACUGAGGCUUUGGAGCUUUUUAUGGAGAUGUGUCGUGAUGGUACUUCUUUGGUUACCAAGUUUACUCUGUCGAGUGUUCUUUGUGCUUGCGCUGCUAAAGGUGCUAUUUUGGAGAGCAGGCAGUUGCAUGCUUUGGCUGUUAAGAUUGCAGUGGAUUCCAAUGUUUAUGUUGGGACUGCAUUGCUUGAUGUGUAUGGGAAAUGCGGUAUGAUUGAUGAUGCUUGCUGGGCUUUUGAAAGCAUGCCGGAGAAGUCUUCGGUCACUUGGAGUUCUAUGAUUGCUGGUUGUGUGCAGAAUGAUCUUCAUGAGGAAGCAUUGCUGUUUUUUCGCAAGGCUCAGGUGUUGGGAGUGGAAUGCACACAGUUUACACUUUCUGCUGUUCUCAGUGCUUGUGCAAGCCUGGCAGUAACAAUUGAAGGUGUGCAAUUGCAUGCUAUAUUGAUAAAAGUUGGCUUUAGAUCAGAUAUGUAUGUUAGGACCUCACUCAUUGAUGUCUACUCGAGAUGUGGCUGCAUAGCUGAAGCUUACUUGGUAUUCACUGAUAUGGAGGAGAAAAGCAUUGUCUUGUGGAAUGCAAUGAUUGCAGGCUUCUCAAGACAUGCUUGUGUCAACGAGGCUAUGAUACUCUUUGAGAAGAUGCAACAGAAAGGUGUUUGUCCAAAUGAAGUUACUUAUAUUUCCUUGCUUUCUGCAUGCAGUCAUGUUGGUUCAGUGGAAAGCGGUCGCCGAUAUUUUGAUCAAAUGUUGAAGGAUGAGAAUGUGCAACCCAAUGUUCUUCACUAUUCUUGCAUGGUUGAUGUUCUUGGGAGGUCUGGACAGAUUCAAGAAGCCUGGAGAUUGAUUGAGAACAUGCCUUUCAAGGCCACAGCUGCCAUGUGGGGGUCUCUGCUUGGGGCAUGCAGGACUCAUGGGGAACUCAGACUGGCUAAAGUUGCUGCUGAGCAUCUAUUUGAGAUUGAACCUGAGAAUGCAGGAAACCAUGUUUUGCUGUCAAAUUUAUAUGCUGCAAAUAGGAGAUGGGGAGACGUUGCUAAUGCAAGGAAGCUUUUGAAAGAUAGUGGUGCAAAGAAGGAGAUUGGAAAAAGUUGGAUUGAAGUGAAGAACAGGGUCCAUAUAUUUGUUGUUGGAGACCACAACCAUCCUAGAUUUAGUGAAAUCUAUGCUAAAUUGGAGGAUUUGGAGAAUGAGAUGAAGAAAUUGGCAUAUAAAGUGGAGACUCACAGUGAUCUCCAUGAUGUAGAGGAAGACCAGAAGCAAGAGCUGUUAAGGCACCAUAGUGAGAAGUUGGCACUUGCAUUUGGUCUCAUUAGUUUGCCAUCUGGCUUACCUAUCAGGAUAAAAAAGAACUUACGUAUCUGUAGGGAUUGCCAUUCUUUUAUGAAGUUUGCUUCAAGGAUUUCAGACAGAGAAAUCAUCGUGAGGGACACUAACAGAUUUCAUCAUUUCAGGAGUGGAUCAUGCUCUUGUCGGGACUUUUGAAUUCUGACAAAAUUAUAGGGGAACAUGAUGAGCACUGUCUGAUAAUACUACCGUUGGACAUGUGAGGCUCUUGAUCUAUAUACAUCAUUCUGCUCAUCGAGUUUCUAUGAUAUGCAUGGUUUUCCUCAAUGAGUUUCGAAGUUUUUGAUUUUGUUGAGCACUUGAAACUUGGAGCUUGAGGAACAGUCAUAAAAGUUUGCACUAAGCUUAAAAAUUCAAACAUUGACGAUCAGAUGCCAGAGCAGACAGAUUCAUCAAACUAACUGCAAGAAAUACUAACAAUUCCUUGCAAGAGUCCUGCUGCAUGGAGCUCAUAUACAAGUAGGAAGAAGGCAUUGAAGAGCUGGCAUUAUAAGAAUUAUAGAAUGA